AUGCGCAUCCGCGUCCCGGCCGCGAACAUGCCCGCCGGCCCGCAGCAGCUUCGCAUCAAGUUCGCACGGUCGGACAACGGCAUCGCGUACGUGGCUUUCGGUGAGGAGCAGUCCCCAGGAGUGAUGAAGGCUGGCACCAUCACGAACCUGUGUUUUCACGGGCAGGUCGGCGACUGUACCACGGCCGUGUCUCUUCAGGCUUCUGCGUUGUACACCGAGUGGUUCGACUACACGAUCGACACCGCCAAGAAUUAUUACGUAUCAUACCUUCACCUCUGCGGCCCUGGCGGUCCCUCGUCGGGGGCAACCCCUGACGGCGUGGCGUUCAGCGGUUACAACACUGAUUCGAACGACGAAUACACGUACUGGUCAAUUUCUGGUACUUAUACGUGGUACAACGCCCUCCGCGAAAACGGUCUGGCCAGCACCAUUCGCGGACCUUAUGCGCUCGUGUACGGCCACUACUCACGCGAUCCGGGCGCCAGCAUCACAGGCGGCUGGGAAACCGCGUAUGGAAUCGAAGGCAUCCAGGGUAUCGAGUCCACGCCAAUCCCGACGCCCUACCCGACGCCGUAUCCGACGCGUUACCCGACGCGUUAUCCGACGCCGUUCCCGACGCCCUACCCGACGCCGAGCCCGACGCCGAACCCGACGCCGAACCCGACGCCCUACCCAACGCCCUCCCGACGGCGAGCCCGACGGCGAACCCGACGGCCUUCCCGACGCCGUACCCGACGCCGAACCCGACUACGUCGGGUGACGUGCAUCUCCAAGGGGAUGAAUGCGAGACGCUGA